AUGAAGAAAAAUUGGAAGAUAGAGGUCAAGUUCUCGGGAAAUAAGUAUGUUGUGACCGAUGAGUUGGGGAACAAGUAUGAGGUCCGUACUUCUGGGGCACCACCCGUGCGGGAAGAAGAUGUGGAGAUGGAGGAAGAAGAGGAGCAGGAAGCUGAACCUUCCGGGGCACAAGGACCGAGGCAACGAUACAUGCGGCCACACAGAGAGAUUAACGCAGAGGUGGCAGGUUUUGUGACUCGGAGACGUGUGCCCUCUUACAAAAAUUUUGAUAGGGGGCAACAGGAGAUAUAUGAUAAUGUCUCUGCAUGUAUAGGAGAAGGUCGGGAAUACAAUCAAAGGAGAGAAGCUUGGCAAGGGUCUUACGGAGCUUCAAUGCAAGAAUACUGGGACGCUCAAGGAGCCCAACGUGAAAGAAUGAAUAAGUUCAUGGAAGAGCAAGAACUGUUCCAAGCCAUGCAAAGAUCACACAUGGAACAGUUAGCAAAGCUACAGGAGGAUGAAGCAGCCCGAAGGCGGAAGCAUUUGAGAAAGAUGGAAGAGAGUGAUAGUGAAGAUGAAAAAGCAAAAAAGAAAAAGAAGGUCAAAACACCAGUCAACAAUGAUGAUGAAGAAGUUCAGGUGAUAAAAAGAAAGGUAAAGGAAGUUCCAAAGUUCAAAGUAAAUGAAGAAGUUGAUGCAAGAAAGAUUCCAGUGAAUUGUGAAACCCUGGAAGGCAUGAAGGUAUUUGAAGACGAUGAAGUAUCUGAAGAAAAGACUUCUGAAAAGAAGAAGGCUAAGAAGAAGGAUACUGAAGUUAAGACAUCUGACACCAUCCUCAAGAACCUUAAAGCAAUUUCGAUGAAAAGAAAUCUCCAACAAAUAUAG